GGGAGAAAGAGAAAGAUAGAGAGAGAUCGGCCGCCCGUCCCGCUCUCGCCGUUCAGUUGUCGCUCGCGUUCUCGCGGUACGCGUCGUACGGUCCGCGCGUACCUCUCCUCCACCUUCUCCACGCACACGACACGUACACGCGCGCACACAAAUACACGUGCGCGCGCGCGCGCGCGCGCGAGUGCCGUGUCAAUGGGAGCGCGUACGCGCGUGCCAUUCGCGUGAGGUAUCCCCCCGACCCCGGCGCCGGGACACCGCGAUUGAUCGAUCCCGCCGCGCUCGCUGGCCGCGACGAAGUCGAUGAGUAAGAUGCACCUCGAAAAUGCUGCAAGAGGGAGAUGAAGCCCCGUACGAGAUCGCGUCCGAUCCGAAGGGAGAUGAAAUCCAGAAGCUCAGUGUCAUACAAAGUCUACCAAGUCUUUUGGCCACCGACACGCAAUCAUGUAUGUCUCGAGUGGUACCUAAGAUGCAGCAGUCCCUGGCUACUGCAUCGCCCGAGUUUCACAUAGCAGCGUCGUCCACAUUCAAAACCAUUUUGGAGCAGAAGCUUGUCAGCCAUAAUGUUUUUAGUCAGACAUUCCUUCAGAGCAUAUUAAAUUCUCUAGAGAGCCGCGACCCAGUUAUCUGUCAUGCGUGGUUGGAGACCUUACUGGAUGUGAUCGAAUUACUGCCGGUAGAAGUCGUAAGAGCACAGAUUCUUCCAUUGACUAUAAGUAAAGGACAAUUGUCACAACCCAUCUACUCCAGGAUAACGUGCAGCAGGUUAUUGGGAAAGAUCUGUACGCGAUUUGAUUCUGCCAUGAUACAGAAGGAAGUUCUGCCAACGGUACACUCCCUCUGUCAGGAUGUAAGCAGUGAAGUGCGAGGUAGUAUUUGUUUGCAACUGCGCUUUGUUGCGGAAGGUCUCGGUGCUGAGUCUGUAAAACCUGCUUUGCUACCAUCUCUUGUAGAAUUAGCGAGUGACGAAGAAAUCAGUGUAAGAUACGCCUCUGUACAGACAAUAGUGUAUUUACUACCUCAUCUUCAGGAAGAUACGAUAAAAAAUAUAAUAGCCCCACUUGUUAAAAAGCUAUGUGAAAAUGCGACUAAAUCGGAAGAUAAUAUGAUAUGUAUAAUAGCGGAAGAGCUGGGAAAACUUGUACUUGGUCUAGAAAAGUGUUUGUCAGUGUCAGAGAAAGCAUGGUUCAUAAAGUACUUUCAACAACUUGCACAAAUGGGAAUACCAUCACUGAAGAAAGAGAAACCACGCUUUACGUUUAUGAGCAGCGCUCCUGCACAAGAUGAAAGACAUGUUGAAUGCAGAAGGCACUGUGCAUUUAAUUUGCCAGCAAUGUUUAUCUUUGUAUCAAGUUCUCCGGAAGAUGUAGAUACAAUACUUGCAAUAUUUGAUGCACUAACAAGUGAUCAUUAUUAUUUGGUUCGGAAAACUGUUGCGUGUGGAAUUCAUGAAGUGGCAAAGGUUCUAGGGCCGAAAAGUGCACGAAUAAAGGGAAAUUUAAUAAAAUUGCUAAAAGAUGAUUCUGAGGAAGUACAUCAAGGUUUAAUUCCUCAUAUAGGCUUAACACUGGAAUGUCUAGUCGAAAGUCAAACUAUUGGGACAGAUAGAAUGGAUUCUUCGUUGAUGGAAAUAGGUAAAGCUUUGUUAAAAUGCGAGGCUGAAGUUGCGGGCACAAACAAUUGGAGGCUGGCAUCAUUAAUGCAUGCGCAACUAGAGAUUUUACCUAAAUGUUUUCCCAGUGAUUUUAUAUACUCGUACUUUAUUCCAAUGGCUUUCUCCAGAAUUUUACAUGCGCGACCGAUACCGGUACGUCUUGCUGCAGGAACGCUUUUCCUUCUCCUUUUGCGAUACAACAUGAAACCUAUACAAAGAGCGGAACUGCGUAAUAGAAUCUUUACAGAUUUGGCCAAUAAUUCUGAUUGUUACGUGAGAAUGAUGUUUGUUCGUAUGAUGGUCGAAGCGCUGGAAAUUUUUUCUUCUACAUAUUUUAAGGAACAUUUUUUCAAUGUUUUAUUGAAUCUGGCUGAAGAUCCGGUAGCCAAUAUAAGAAUGAAAGUAGUAUCUUUACUGCCACAACUGAAGAAUCAGCUGUGGAUGCCGACCGACAAGAAAUUGCUAACAUCACUGGAGUCAGUUGUGAGACAUUUGGUCAACAAUGAGAAGGAUAGAGACGUAUUAUUUAUUUUAAAAAGCGUUACACAAAAGUUAGACGACAUGGAUGUCAAGUAUGAAGGCCAAAGUUUAACAAUAAAGCUUACUAGGCAAGAUGUGGAAGAUGCCAAAAAGUUGGAAGAAGAAAAGAAAUUGUCAGGAAUAGGUGUAGGAAAACCAACAAGUGGAACUGUAGUAAAGAAAGGUUGGACAAGAGCAGGAACUGAUGGUUCUACAAGAGGAGUAUCACAGUCGAAAGGUGAGCAUUUAGUGAAGAAUAAGGAAGCAUUGCAUGAAACAAAAUCAUUACUAAUAAAAUAUGGAACUGCAUCUUCGCAUCAAGUAAUCGAAAAUUUAAAAACGAGAAUCCAACUAACACAUCCGUGGGAAAAAGUAGGGCAUUUCAACUCACAUACUAAUACAUCGCAAUUUAACUUUGUGAAUGGAUCCUCUAAUGAUUAUAUUACACCUAAGCCGCAAUGUAGCUGCUCCAAGUUAGCGGUAUUCCAGGCUCUCUUGUCAUUGCCGGAUGCUUGUGAACAAGAGUAUGAGAGCGACUCCCAAUACCAUUCAUAUUACGAUACCGACAACGAUCACGCAAAGUUCAGAAAGCAGUCAGUCCAAGCGAACGAAUAUAGUCCCUCCGCUUUUACCAAAUCUUUUUUUCUGUCUCUUGUAAAAGAGAAUAAGCAAGAGCCGCAACAACAAUCUAUACUAACACGGGAGGAUUAUCCGCAUGAAUUUUCUACUAACAUUAGUGGCAAGGAUAGAGCGCCUAACUUCGCCGCUUUAAGGGCACUAACAAACGCAGCUCACUAUAAUUCAUGUUGGGCUUUUAGCUCGAUGCCGGAAAUCUCUAUGAUGCAGUCAGACGAUGAAUUCCUGGUAGAUGCUGGUAUCAGGAUACCCACCCAAUUGUCCACGUCUCAAAGUACAUCGAAAAUCCCGCAUUUGCAAGAUUUUAUUGCAACAAGGAGGCAACUAAAUACUACUGCGAUUCGGUCUAGACGAAACAGUAUGAAUUUCGAUAAGGGAAAGUUUAAGAGACAUUCCUCCGUUGAAUACGAAGAUUGUAUGAAACGUAGGACAAGUGAGAGUGACUCGUCGAGAAGCACAUCAAUUUCGAUAGAUUAUGAAGAGGGUUUGCGACAGCGCAGCAUGGUGAAGGAGAAUUUGAGCGACCAACACUUGUCGUCCAAGACUGAUAUGAGAACUAAAAGAUAUUCCACUCCGCAUGGAAGAACUAGAUUCGGAUGGGACGUUAGCCAAGAGAGAUCUCUAGACGAGAAAUUGAAAAGAAAUUCUUUGAUACUGGAUAAAGAGAAAUUGAAGUUUAAUAACUCUAAAUGCGUGCUGGAUCGAACUAAACGUCAUUCCACGAAUUUCAGUUUGAAGCUUCCCGAUACUAAAGAAACGAAGCAGCUCGUGAAGCGUCAUAGUUUCGAGGAUCAUACCACGGUACGUCGUGCUAUAAAAGGAUGUUUCUCAACACUGGACGUAAAUCACAAUCAGGGUCUUAGUAAAAUCCCCUUGAGAAAUGUUGAAUCUCGUAGCAGGACUGCGCCUGCCACCAGAGCGUCUAGCCCUGUACAUGUAGAAUCGCGAUUAAGAUUUGACAUUGAGAACUGUGAUGACUCUCGAAAUUCUGUUGAUGACAGACACUUGAAUAGAUUUAGCUCGAGUGAUGAAGAGGUCGACAAAUUAUGUAGGAUGCUAUUACAUUCUCAAACGGCACAGAGUAGUACAGGAAUAGCAUCAAGAAGUAGGGAAAGAUAUCCUGUUCACUUGUUGAUGAAAAAGUUAUAAACAGUAUAAUUCUGUUAUAUAUCACAUAAUUUCUACAACUCUUCCACAACUGCAUUUAGUGACCAUACUUGAUGAGCUUCGUAUACAGCUUUAAAUUUAAUUAAGAGGUCUAAAUAAGGAGGUCUAAGCUGAUUGAAAAUUAUACAUAAUAGUUUUCUUUGGAGUUUUUUUUUGUUUAAGCAAAGCUUGUGAUUCUCGGUAGAAAUUUUAUUAGCACAAUUUAUCCUUAUAAAACAAAUUCUUCAGUAAGUCAUUGUAUGACAUUGCAAUCAAAUGUAUUCUCAUAAUGUUCAAUGCCGAUGAAAUAUGAUAGAGCUUUAUUUUUAAACUAUGUACAAUAUGUACCGCUAAUAUUUUGGUUAAAUUUAAAAUUACAUAUCUUAACAUAGAACGUUAUUGAUAAUUUAUUGAAAUAUGAGAUUCUAGGAAAUCAAAUCUUAUAAAUACAAUUAUCUGAAAAAAGUUGGCAUAAGAAUCAUUUUGAGAAUAUAUUAAAAUUUUUAUUUUAUUGACGCUAAUGAAAUUAUGCUUAAAAAUAACAGUCUUAUGAAUUGUUAACAUAUCAAUUUUGUAUUAUUGUUUAUGAUCUACUCUUAAUGAUAUGUAUUUUUAGAAUUUGGUAAAAAAAUUUGGCAGUUUCUCUACAUUGUGCCUUUCCUAUAUGAUUAUUUUAUUUAUCUAAUUUAAUACAAAUAUUUAUCAAUUUUGUUUUAUUAAAGCUUUUACAUUUUAUCUUAUUAUUUUUAACUUGAAAUUAGAGAUAAUUACUUAUACAAACAGUAUUGUGAAGUGUAAAUUGGUGCAACAAGACAUGUACUUUAUUUUAUUAGAUAUUUAUGUCUCAUAUGAUAUUGAUUGCCUGUGAAAUAGCUAUGUACUUACGUACGAUAAGAUAAUUACGUUAAUUUUAGUUAUGUUAUUUGUUGAAUCAAAUUAUACUCUUCGUAAAAAUAUCUUUAUGUCUCAAAGAAAGUCAUGCAUUCUGACUUUACAUUGAAGAUAAAAACUUGCACGCUUAUUUCGAAAGACUGUUUGUUAGAUUCUGCGAUUAAAAAUUGUAUAAAAUGGAAAAAA